UCAAAGUAGUUGAUUCUGAAUUAUUGACAAUUUGUAAUUUAUUUUCAAAAUUUCUCGAUACAAUUUUUAGAUUUUUACGGAUUUUCAUUUUUUCAUUUUCUUGAACUUUUUUACAAACAAUUAAAAUGGCUCAAAAUUUUUUGUACAUGUUCGAAUUUGUUGUGGACGAUCUGCUGAUCACCCGACCAAAUAUGUGCGCCCCCGAAGAAUACCCAACAUGUUGCGAAUUGACUUUUCGUUCGCACGUAUUCGUAUCGAUUUGCGACAAAGAAUUCGGUGGUUGCAUAGACACUGCAAGGAAAAGUGGCAAAUGUUGUUUGUUCUCGCUGGAAACACCAAUCAUGAGAACCGAUCGAUUGCAGUUGCAUGUUUUCAAAAAGCGAACAGACCAAUGUAAGUUUUUAAUUGGAGCUACGGAAAUCCCUGUCCACAGAAUGUUCGAUAAAGUUACGGAUGACUUUUAUGCAAGAAAUCCAAAUUGGAAUGCACAUUUGAAAAAUCCCAAAGCAAAUGCUAGAUCAUCGAUAUCGAAAAAGAAUAAGGUGGUCAUUGAUAAUGAUUGUGGAGCAGCAGAUUCAUCGGCCACACGAAAAGAAGAACUCUGUCCAACUUAUGAGCUGAGUAAAAAGUUAUUAGCUUUGUCGAAUAUGAGUGGAGGACUGCAGACAGGGAAUAUUGUUUUGAUAAUGCGAUUGGCAUGCAUGGGUCCAACUAUUGUGUCGCCAUUUUUAUUUGGAAAACCAUCACCUUCUUCAUGUUGUCCUAAGGUGAGAGCACCUUGUAAAAAGGAUGAAGUAAAUGAUGCUACUCUUUGCAAGAGGUAUUUUAGUUCAAAUGCUGAAAAAGAUUGUACAUGUGGAGAGUGUGAAGAUGAAGAAGAUAGAUGUCAAAAUAAACGAAAUAGUAGGCAGAACAAAAGCAAAUCUCAUCAAUGCAUACCAAAUGAUCAAGAAAACCAUUCUAGAGGUUGCCCAUGUCCGGACUGUGAUGAUGAGUGUGAAAUAGACGAAAAUAAGGACGAAAAUUACGACGAGGAAGAAGAUUGCUCGGAUAUAAUAAUGAAACCGUGUAUUCUAUGUCCCUCAAAACCCGAUUAUGGGUCUGAAAAGUAUGAUGAAUUCGAGGCCAAUUUAAAUGGCAGUGGCUUAACAAUUCGAGUUCUAAAAGACACUCAUGUAGUUGAGAAUGUUUGUGACAUAGAACCCGACGACGAUGACAUCGAAAAAUGUUCCUCCAAAAAAGGCAAACCGGCUAACUCAAAGAUUUGCGCUGAUAACCUCAAUGACCUUGUGCAAAAUUAUUCCUUAGCUCGAAAUCACAUCGAACGACGAAUAGGGGGUAAUAUCAUUAACAAUAAAUCAUUACCGAUGGUUCGAGGUAACAUAAAGUACUCAGGAAAUGAUUCAUGCUGUGGAGACAGUAUUAACAUACCACUAUUGAAUAAGCUGCCACCAAUAAAAAGUGUGGACGCAUAUCGCAAGACCCCGAGCGACAUACGAAAUUGCUGCUUCCAAGUUGAAGCCAAUGAUAUAGACAGUACGUUACGUGGCAUCAAUGCAGCAGCCAAGAAGAAAGGAAUUGAGGUGUGCCACACUUUUGACGAUCCAGACACAGAUGUUUUUUUGGUCAAACUUGGGAACAAAAAAUCAGCACAAAACAAAAAGAACAUGAUCGAAAUCGAAUUGAGAACUCCAAAAGAACCAUUAAAUAUCCGAGCUCAAAAAUGGACUAAAGAAACUCAAGUAGAUGAGCAAAUCCUUGAUGCUAAUCUUAAAAAUAGAAAACGAAAGGGUAAGAAAGGAUCUAGAAAGAAUAGAUGUUUCUGAACUUUUCAGAAUGAACAAUAAAUUAGAAAAAAUUAAAAAUUUA